GAGGGGGACAUAUGGAACUAUAUUUUUGUCCAGUCAAAUUUUGUCACAUUUAUGCAGUAGGAAAAUCGAUUCUAUUAAGAUAAAUAUCGGAUGAUUUAGAUUUUAAAUGUGUAUUUUAAUUGAUUUACCCAAAUAAAGUAUAUGUCAGUCAUUUUUUUUAUCCUGUUAUGAGUAUUCUCUAAUACAUCAGGUCAGAAAUUAACCUCUUGAUAAUGUGACUAUUGUUAAUUUAAUGUUUUUGCAUACGGUGGAGCCUGAACAUGGAACUUUUUGUUAAAUAAAUUGUUUCUACAUAGUGUAUUAGUCUGUUUCUGUCUGAUUUUUCAUUAAUUAAUUGCUUAAAAGAGUGGAAAAGCAAACUAGACAAAUCCAAGUCCAGAAGAAUUUACUUAGGUGGCAUGAAGCUAAUGAAUGUGAAAGCAAAUUGGUAGCAGAUACGGAAACAAGAUAUAUGAAAUUAUAGCCUCAAAAAAGAAAAAGCUAACCAUAACAACUAACCAGUAAUUAAGCGGCGAUAUCCCGCCACGUCCACAACAGUGCCUUCGCGAUUGCUGACGUGUACCCCUGCAAUGACCAUUCACCUGACGAGCCAGUUACAACUUGCAACAACAACAAUAAGUACAAAGAAACAAGAGCAGUGUCAUAGAUUUCUGUCUUCAAGUUGGCAUCCCAAACCUUAACCAUCCUUUGACCUGCUAACUGUACUGUACACCCAUAUGAUGGGAGUGUCCGCCGGCGAUGACGACGUCGUUCAAAUCCAGCAACCCACGAAGCCCUCCGACCCUUUCAUCAUCACUGUCAAUUGCCCCGACAAGACCGGCCUCGCCUGCGACAUCUGCAGAAUCAUUCUCGAUUUCGGUCUCAGCAUUACCAAAGGAGACGUUUCAACCGAUGGCGUGUGGUGCUACAUUGUGUUGUGGGUCAUUCCGCACUCCGUCUUGCUUCCUCUGACUUGUUCUUAUCUGAAAGACCGGCUUCAGGGAAUUUGCCCACCUUGUUUGGCCUCCUUUUAUCCCAUCCAACAACCUUCCACGUCUUCUCCUCUCUAUCUAUUGAAGUUUUGUUGCCUUGAUCGAAAGGGAUUGUUACACGAUGUAACAAAAGUUCUCUCAGAGCUUGAACUUGCGAUUCAAAAGGUGAAAGUGACCACGACUCCUGAUGCCAGAGUCUUGGACCUCUUUUUCAUAACAGAUAACAAGGAACUUUUACACACAAAAAACCGACAAGAUGAGACAUGUGAAAGAUUGAAUGAUGUUCUACGAGACUCCUGUAUCAGCUGUGAACUUCAAUUGGCAGGUCCAGAGUAUGAAUGCAAUCAGGGCAUCUCUUCUUUGUCUCCUGCGUUAGCUGAGGAGCUAUUUCGAUGUGAGUUAUCAGAUAAUGAAGUUCGUUCUCAAGCUCUUAGCCCUGACAUGACAAAGUUGAAGAAAACCAAUGUAACACUAGACAAUUCCUUAAGCCCAGCUCACACGCUAAUUCAAAUACGAUGUGCUGAUCACAAGGGUCUUCUUUAUGAUAUUAUGAGAACUUUGAAGGACAUGAAUAUGAAGAUUUCAUAUGGACGAUUUUCACCCAAUACCACGGGGUAUCGUGAUUUGGAUAUAUUUAUUCAGCAGAAAGAUGGGAAAAAGAUAUUGGAUCCGGAGAAGCAGAAUGCACUCUGCUCUCGUUUGAAACUGGAAAUGCUUCAUCCAUUGAGAGUAAUCAUUGCAAACCGAGGACCAGAUACUGAACUGUUGGUUGCUAAUCCAGUUGAGCUAUCUGGAAAGGGGAGACCGCGAGUUUUUUAUGAUGUCACAUUUGCUCUCAAAACACUUGGAAUUUGCGUUUUCUCGGCUGAAGUAGGAAGGCAUUCAACUUCAGAGCGUGAAUGGGAAGUGUACAGAUUUCUCUUGGAUGAGAACUGUGAGUUUCAAUUAACAGGUGGUACUGCUAGAAAUAAGAUUGUAAAUAAGGUUAGAAGAACCUUAAUGGGUUGGUAAGUAGUAUUUUUGAUAAUAUUUGUUAUGGAGCAUUCGGUGUUGCAAUGUGUGUCAUGUACCAUUGAUUGUCUUAUAAUUAUUAUUGAUAUGUUGAUCUUUGGUAGUUCGCUUUGUAAUUCCACUUGCCUGUGUUUGAUCUUCUUGGUGACUUGGUGUUCUUCGAAUUACGAUUAUCAUAAAACCUAGUUACGGGUUUUAAGAUAAGAAGAUGCCUAAGUUCCAGUUGUAACGUUGUAAAAUAAAAUCAGGGAAAUACUAUUAGGGUCAGUCUAGU